AUGCUAGGUUUGGUUGAUUGCUUCUACAACAAUUACCUCCUACGGGGAAGCCAGAACUACCAGUCAAUCAUCAAGACACUUCCAGGAUUUCCCGGCAAUCUCCCCUUCAAAUUGGAAACUGGGUAUAUUGGUGUAGGGCAAUUGGAUGAGGUGCAAUUGUUCUACUACUUUGUUGAGUCUGAGGGGAAUCCACAAGAGGAUCCUCUUCUUCUUUGGUUGACCGGAGGCCCUGGUUGUUCUGGGUUUAGUGCCCUUGUAUAUGAAAUAGGUCCAUUAUCAUUUAACUAUGCAAAGUCCAGAGUGAAGCCAACCCUUGAGUUGAACCCAUAUUCAUGGACAAAGGUAGCCAGUAUAAUAUUUUUGGAUGCACCAGUUGGUACUGGAUUUUCAUAUGCAACAACUUCGCAGGCGUACCAAAGCAGCGACACUAACCAAGGGGCUGCAAAUUAUGAAUUUUUAAGGAAGUGGCUUUUGGAUCAUCCAGAAUUUCAAAGUAACAGACUCUAUAUCGCUGGUGACACUUAUUCUGGCAAAAUUGUCCCAUUAGUUGUUCAAGAAAUCGUUAACGGGAAUGAUGCAGGACGGAAUCCGAACAUGAAUCUAGUGGGAUAUGUGCUUGGAAAUCCAGUUACAGAUGAGGCUAAAGACACCAACUCAAGAUUUAAGUAUGCUUACUUCACAGGACUUAUAUCAGAAGAAGUUUAUGAGACUGGCAAAAGAAAUUGCAAGGGCAAUUAUACCUAUGCAGAACCCAACAAUACAGCUUGUGCAGUUGUUCUCCAGGUUUACGAGCAGUGUAUUGAAAAAAUAAAUCUUAUGCAAAUAUUGGAACCUUUUUGCGGGUACUUGUCUCCAAAACCUUCCAAAUUAGAGAGAGCUGAAAGUGCUCUUAUGGAGGAUCCUAUAGAUAUUCAUACUUCGAGAUCACCUUGGUGUCGGACUUAUAACUAUAUCCCUUCCUACGCUUGGCUUAAUGAUAAAAUGGUACAAAAAGCUCUUCACAUUCGAGAGGGGACAAUAGAAAAUUGGGUAAGAUGCAAUACAAGUCUUCUAUACACAAAAGAUCUCACAAGCAGUUUUGGAUUGCAUCGAAAUCUCACUGAGAAGGGCUUAAAAGUUUUGAUCUACAGUGGUGAUCAAGACAUAUCUGUUCCAUUUCUGAGUACCAUGGCAUGGAUAGAGGCUCUAAAUUUGACAAUUGAAUACGAUUGGAAUCCAUGGUUCCUCGAUGGUCAAGUUGCAGGAUACUGGAUGGAAUACUACCGUAACAUGUACAUGUUGACAUACGCAACUAUUAAGGGAGGAGGACAUACAGCUCCAGAGUACAAGCCAAAGGAAUGUUUUGCUAUGAUUGAUAGGUGGCUUGGAUUUUUUUCCUCUUUAGUCGGUUUCAAUUUAUCGAAUAAUUUCACUUUGUUUAAGUAAAGAUUCUCGCAUGAGAUAACUUAAUGUAUUUUUCACAUAACUUGCAUUAAAAAAAUUAAUAAAGGAUUUUAAUUGAUAACUGCUAUUGAUAAAA